AUGUCGUCGAAUGGUGUGCCAUCGUGCAGGAGUACACUACGAGGGAAGAUUACGUGUAUACUGGGUCCGAUGUUCAGUGGUAAAACAACGGAAUUGCUGCGAAUGCAUGAUCGUCAAAUAAUUGCGAAGCGGAAAUGUGUCUUGGUGAAAUAUGCUGGGGAUACGAGAUAUGAUCCAGAGCUGGUUGCACGGAUCAGCACAAAAUUCACUGAUUGUGCCGAAACAUGUGACAGGCUGGCAAGUGUGGGCAAAGUGGUGUACGUAGCAGCCUUGAGCGGCACCUUUGAACGAAAGACUCAGCCGUCCCGUCCAGUGUCGUUACUCCUGCCGUAUGCUGACGAGAUCAAGCAAGUCGUUGCAGUAUGUAUGGGAUGCGGUUCUGAUGCGAGCUACUCGUUCCGAAACACUCUCGACAAGAAGGUAACGCUUUUCUAUAAUUUCUGGGCUAUUUUAAGAGGAUUUGAAAGAUGGUCUACCACACUUGGCUUCUUUUUCUUUCUUGUACCGUUUUCUUUGCUACAAAUAGUUGAGUGGUCCCGUCAGAGGGGUACGCUGUAG